AAACCUGUUUGUGUGUUUUGUGUAGGAGGAAUUGGACAGCUACCAUACAACGGUGCCCCCAUCGUCCCCGCUGGACUGGAUGGAGGAAGCCAGUUCGAACCCCAGACUGCUGGACUCAAUCCUGAAGUGAAAUCUGGAGGCGUUUAUGGUGGGCCGUACGGUGCUCAGCAAAUGGGAUUCGGCUCUGAAGGAAAACCUCAAGUCAGAUAUGGUAUUGGUGGCCUUCAUUUUGGCAGCUCACCCACUGGAUACAACUCUGAUCCAUAUGCACAAUACGGAAACCUCUACCCAGCACAGCCUUACUAUGGUCCCAAAACUGGAAACUACAAUCCUAAACCCCUCGGACUCAACGUGGAUCCCAGAUCCGCUGGGAAAUAUGGUAUGGGAGGAUUUCCGUACGGUGGCCAGCCUCUUGGCCCUGGCAGCGAGACCAAAACCUCUGGCAAAUAUGACCAGCCUGCCGUACCUUAUGUCCCAGAGCCUGUGAGUCUCGGUGGUGAUGCCAAGUCUGCCAGCAAAUACGGAAAUCCAGCACUGCCCUUCCAACCACAGACUGAUGGUCAAAUCGUCAAUCAGCCAGUGCAGCCUUAUAAAGCUCUGCCCUCCAGUCCUGCUAUUGAUGGAGUCAAUCAGUUUGGAGAAGGUAAAGUGCCCACUCAGUCUUUUUCCCCCCUAGUAAAUGGAGCUGGAGAGGAGAGCAGUGGACCGGUCAGCUACGUUAAAGGAGGAGUGCAGGCUGAAGCCAUCUCGUACCCCUCCGCUCCCACUGCCGAGCCCUCCCUGAUCCCUUUGCAGUCUUUGGGAAACCCCGCCCUCUCUCCGUUAGCUGCGUACCCUCGGGCAGCGACGCCACAGCAGAUCCAAGUUCAGCAUCAGCUCCAAGUCCAACUGCAGCCGCAGACUAAAUCCUGGACAGGAGGAAAUGAGGGCCAACACAGCCUGAAAGGAUUCUUCGCGAAAGGAUAUCAAGGUUGAUUCUGAAGAUGAGGUGCUGAAUAAACAUUUCUUUAAAAAAAAAAAAAAGUAAUUAUUGUAUAUUUAUCAGCUUCUUUCUUUUAUGGACUCAUGUUUCAGUUUUUCUCAGCAGACGUGAACUAAAGACUGUAAAACAUUUUAUGUUCUGACACACACUUGAUUAAAACCUGUCAUCACCUCA